CUCUCUCUGCAUAUAUAUAUAUAAUAUACCUAACCAACUUUACCAAAAAAAAAAAAAAAAAAAAAGCAGCUAGUCAGCUAGCCAUGGCUAGUAGUAAUGUUGCUAAGUUGGCUGCAGUUGUCCCUCUACUCAUCAUCAUCGUCAUCCUUCCAUGUAUGUGCAGAUAAGAUUUACUUUUCAUUAUUUAGGUACUAUUUAAUUAGAAAUUCGAACAUGUAACUUCCAGGUUCAACACUAGUAGUAUUAUCACUAAACCAAACCUUGAUUCGUGCGUGCAUUGAUCAUAUUUUAUUUGUAUGCAGUAGGUGUUUUGACUGCAGGCGCAUCGAGAAUGGUUAGACCCCAGCCGGGGAAUGUCCUCGACGACGACAUUGCUCCGACGACGACCACCACGAUAACGAACUCCACCUUCCUGCCAAUAAGAGGAGGUGUGGUGAUGGUGAGCAAUAACACGGCCCGGGCAGAGGACUACUGCAGUGUUGGCUGCAACGACGAGAGUUGUCAGAAGGAUUCCCCAAACUUGUGCGGUCCCGAUUCAGAUCCUAACUAUUGCUGGGUGGGUUGCUUCUGCACUGCUGACAGUGGUUAUAGGUUCAAUGUUUGUACUUGCUUGUGCACUGCAUAAUAACGCAACUUCACACUCUCAAGGGCCAAGGCAACUGCGUGCGUGUACCGAUUUGCUUUGCUUUGCUCUCUCUUUUCGUUUUCUCCGGUUCCCGGCCUAAUAAUCGAUCGCCGGCCAACUUGUAAUCUGGGUGGGUGUGGGUUGUUUUCUUUUCAUCGACUAUCACCUGUAUGCUUUUUUCCCCUUCAUAAAAUAAAUUAUGUGAAAUACAGAUUACUGUUGCCUAAUGUAAGUUCUCAUGUACUUUGUAGGACUGAGACUAUCAUAUUCAUCGGUAUGGUUUCCCCCCCCCCCCCCUUCAGUGCUAAUUUUUUUCAAGUCCCUUCGAUUCUUAUUUUGGUUAACGAUUUAACAAGGAAAUUUGAGUAAAAAUAGUACCCAGUUGGGUUACGGUGUUACGAAAAAUCAUACUUCAAAAAUCGAUAAAAAUAUAGUAGGUUUUAGUGAUGAAGAAUUAUGUCCGUCGGUUACAAUCCCGUCAGAAAUAAUGUUAUUGCUCACAAGGCGAAAAAAGUCAUCGGAAAUAAUGUUCUAACUCGUCGGGAAAAGAAAAUUGAGAACGCUUA